GGAACCAAUCAGACACGGACGUACUAAUGGUUGUUACCCGGUUAUUUGGCCCCCCGGCGUGAACACCUUCGUUUAACUCCGUGACGCCACUGACAGGCAAAGAAAUCCACACAAAAUGGUAGCAGCUGACUGCAUGGAGGUGGAGGUGAUGUGGGGGUGCUGCCGGCCGGUGUUGGGACGGACGGAGAGACAGAUGGAUGAGGCCUCCCUCCCCGGUUAAUCAUUAAGAAGCUCUUCUCAUGACCACGGCCAUGAAACGCAGUCGUGAGAUUUCAGCUGCCGACGGACUUUUUCCUUUCGGCGUUUUUGCCCAAAAUGUGUGCGCUUCGCCAGAGGACGAUUCUGCCAUCAAAUCAGAGACGGAGGCCGGCCACGAAACGGCGUCCUCUGAGGAAGACCAAGACCCGGAUGAAGACUCGAGUUCCAAAGCCGACCUGACCUCCCCCAGGAAAAACGUCAGCAAGAUGAGCAAGGACAAGAAGAAACAGACGCUGCUCACGCUGCAGUGGUUGGAGGAGAACUACAUCGUGUGCGAGGGCGUGUGUCUCCCUCGCUGCAUUCUCUACGCUCACUACCUGGACUUCUGCCGGAAAGUCAAACUGGAGCCCGCCUGCGCCGCCACUUUUGGAAAAACCAUCCGACAGAAGUUCCCUCUCCUCACCACAAGGAGACUAGGAACCAGGGGACAUUCCAAGUAUCAUUACUAUGGCAUCGGCAUCAAAGAGAGCAGCGCUUACUAUCAUUCCGUCUACUCUGGGAAAGGUUUGACCAGAUUUUCUGGAAGCAAGAUGAAGAAUGAGGGCGGCUUUACCAGGAAAUACUCUCUCAGCUCCAAAACUGGAACGCUGCUCCCGGAAUUCCCGAGCGCUCGGCACCUCCUCCUGCAGGGAAACGUCUCCAGGGAAAAGAUGGACACGCUGAUCAUGAUGUACAAAACGCACUGUCAGUGCAUCCUGGACAACGCCAUCAACGUCAACUUUGACGAGAUCCAGAACUUCCUGCUUCACUUCUGGCAGGGCAUGCCGGACCACCUGCUGCCCCUGCUUGACAACCCUUUGCUGGUGGACAUCUUGUGCGUGUGCGACUCCAUUUUGUAUAAGGUUUUGACUGAUGUUCUCAUUCCCGCCACCAUGCAAGAGAUGCCCGACAGUCUGCUGGCGGAUAUCCGUUGCUUCGCCAAGCACUGGGAGCUGUGGCUGGCCUCCUCCCUGGACAAUCUCCCGCAAUGCCUGGCGGCCAAAAAGCUCCCCAUCGCGCGCCGCUUCGUGUCCUCCCUCAAGCGGCAGACGUCCUUCUUGCACCUGGCGCAGAUCGCCCGUCCGGCGCUGUUCGACCAAAGCGUGGUGAGCGACAUGGUGAGCGACAUGGACGACGUGGACCUGAACGGCAUCGGCCUGCGCUCGCCGCUCGGCGCGGCCGCCGACCCGUACUCCGACCGUGAGCGGCCGUUCGACGUCGUCCGCGGCGGCGGCUCGGUUUGCCCUACCGCCUCCGCGCUUUUUCCCGCAGGCGAGGCGGCGGCCGUCUUCCGGGAGCUGAAGGAACUUCUGAGGAAGAACGCGACGGUGGAGUCCUUCGUCGAGUGGCUGGACACUGUCGUCGAGCGCAAAGUCAUCCAGGCCAGCAAGCAGAGUGGUCGCUCGCUGAAGAAACGAGCCCAGGACUUCCUGCUACGCUGGAGCUUCUUGGGCGCCCGAGUCAUGCACAACCUGACGCUUAACAACGCCGCCAGCUUUGGCUCCUUCCAUCUAAUCCGCAUGCUUCUGGAUGAGUACAUUUUGCUAGCGCUGGAGACGCAGUUCAACAACGACAAAGAGCGAGAGCUGCAGAAUCUCCUGGACAAACAUAUGAAAAAAGCCGGUGCCAGUAAAGCGGCCUUUUCCGCGUCUCCCAGUUCCUGCUUCCUAGCCAAUCGCAACAAGGCCGCGGUCGACCCGUCGGUGAAGAGCGAGUCCUCGGGACGGCGAGAGGUGGAGACGGGCGAUUCCGCGGGCUCCGGCGGCGGCGGCGGUGACUUUUGCGCUUCCGUCAUGACGCCGCCGGUUUCCCCGGCGGAGCUGGCGCACCGAGGCUCCGUCAUCAACCAGGGGCCCCGGGCCCCGACUAGUUUCUCCUCGUCCUCUUCCUACCAGCCCGAUCUCUUCCAGGAGACCUUAUACCCGUGCUCGCCGUACUUCCCGACGCCAUCCUCCGCCUACCAGCCUGCGCUGAGGUCCGAGGCGGACGGCGCCUUUUCGUCUCCGUCCGCCUACCAGCUGUGCCGUUACGCCGCCCCCGAGGAGCGGCGUCCGCCGUCCGCCAAGGACGUCUUCUACGCCGAAGCCCAUCCCUUCUCGCAGGCUCCGAUUCUGGACGCCGCCGACGGAUUUUCCUUUGAACACGAGCGCGGGGGCGAGGGACAAACGUUUUCUGCUGCUGGACAAAGCGCCUACUUCGGAAACGUGGCCUACGCGACAGAUGAGCGCUCGCCGUACUCGGACGUGCGCGACCCAUUGGACAUCCUGGACAGACCCGGCAGGAAAAGCGGUACCUUCUUCAGCGACGUCCAACACGCGGCUGGUUCGUCCGCCUGCAUGUAUGGCGGCGGCGGCGGCUCGUCUUGGCCGUUCUCGCCGCGGGACGCUUCGCCCUGCCGGCGGCGGGACAACGUUUCUUCGCUGCCUCCCAUCCACACCGUCUUCACGGGCGCCCCGGGGGUUCCGUGACGCUCGGAGGUAGGCCGGGCGUACGCGACAUUUUGACUUUUUGGCGGUGGGCCUUUCAAAAUAAAGGUCAAGUUUUGGCAGACUGGCUGGAAGCACCUAAACCAAGCAGUAGAUGCGCUUGGAAAUAGAAUAAAAUCAUGAUGAUGAUGACUUCAGAUUUUUAAUAGAUGUCAUAUUUGUCCAUAAAAUUGCUUUUUUUUUUGAAUUCUAAGAAUUUUGUAAUACUAAUUCAUAAAAUGGCAUUGAAACAUGAUC